AUGACCAAGCCCGGUUACACCACAGAUCAGUACCCAAAGGUCUUAGAGGGCAAUGAUCUCGAGGCGCUUGCGAGAUAUAUGAAGUCAGAUAGCUGUCGGAAUGUCUUCCUUAUGCUUGGCGCAGGUGUGAGUACAUCUGCCGGUAUACCGGACUUCAGAUCACCUGGUACAGGAUUAUACGCCAAUCUCGCACGGCUGAAUCUCCCAUUCCCAGAGGCGGUAUUUGAGAUAGAGUUCUUUAAGAAAAACCCGAUACCCUUCUAUACCCUGGCCAAGGAAUUGUACCCAGGGCGCUUCCGACCCACGCCCACGCACAGCUUUAUAACACUCCUCCAUUCGCAUUCCCUGUUGCAUACAUGUUUCACUCAGAACAUAGACACGCUCGAGCGACGCGCAGGAGUUCCCGCGCAUAAGAUUAUCGAGGCACAUGGGAGCUUCGCCACCCAGCGGUGCAUUGAGUGUGAAACGCCCUUUGAUGCAGAGAAGAUAAAGAAGGCGGUGUUGAGCGAGAAGAUAGAGAUUCCGAGGUGUGAACGGAGGAGGUGCCGGGGCCUGGUGAAACCGGACAUUGUCUUCUUCGGUGAAGGGCUUCCUGAACAAUUUCACAAAUCUAUCCCCAAUCUGCAAGAAGCGGAUUUAUUGAUUGUAUUAGGAACAUCGCUGACAGUGCACCCAUUUGCCUCUCUUGUGGACCUUGUGCCGAACGACUGCCCUCGGGUGCUGAUUAAUCUCGAUGAAGUUGGCCACUUUAACAAGCCAGACGAUGUGUUAUUCCUCGGCAAAUGCGACGAUGUCGUGCGGGAACUAUGCAAAGAACUAGGAUGGGAGGAAGAGCUUGAUGCCGCUUGGGAGAAGACGAAGGACAGCUUGGAAGCUGGUGAGCAAGAGCCAGAACCAGAACCAGAGGAAUCAGCAGAGGACGAGGUGGAGAAAAUCACAAAGAGUCUAGAGCAGACGCUCAAAGUCAGCGACAAGAAGGAUGAAGAAGGACCUUCGUCGAAGAGCAAGGCUAGUGAUUUGGUAGAACCGGGAUCAGUUGAAGAGGUCAAGACGAGCCCUGCAGAGUUCCCGACAGAGGGCAAGCUAUAG